GUCAGGGGUCGGAAUAAAUUUUAGUAUAUUUUGUGGACAAUUCCCAGAAAUUAAUGGCUAUGAGUUCUUUUUUGAUCAACUCAAACUAUGUCGACCCCAAGUUCCCUCCGUGCGAGGAAUAUUCACAGAGCGAUUACCUACCCAGCGACCACUCGCCGGGGUACUACGCCGGCGGCCAGAGGCGAGAGAGCAGCUUCCAGCCGGAGGCGGGCUUCGGGCGGCGCUCCGCGUGCACCGUGCAGCGCUACGCGGCCUGCCGGGACCCUGGGCCCCCGCCGCCUCCGCCGCCGCCCCCGCCGCCCCCGCCACCGCCCGGGCUGUCCCCUCGGGCUCCCGCACCGCCGCCCUCAGGGGCCCUCCUCCCGGAGCCCGGCCAGCGCUGCGAGGCGGUCAGCAGCAGCCCCCCGCCGCCUCCCUGCGCCCAGAACCCCCUGCACCCCAGCCCGUCCCACUCCGCGUGCAAAGAGCCCGUCGUCUACCCCUGGAUGCGCAAAGUUCACGUGAGCACGGUAAACCCCAAUUACGCCGGCGGGGAGCCCAAGCGCUCUCGGACCGCCUACACUCGCCAGCAGGUCUUGGAGCUGGAGAAAGAAUUUCACUACAACCGCUACCUGACGCGACGCAGGAGGGUGGAGAUCGCCCACGCGCUCUGCCUCUCUGAGCGCCAGAUCAAGAUUUGGUUCCAGAACCGGCGAAUGAAGUGGAAAAAAGACCACAAGUUGCCCAACACCAAGAUCCGCUCGGGUGGCACCGCAGGCGCCGCCAGCGGGCCCCCUGGCCGGCCCAACGGAGGCCCCCCCGCGCUCUAGUGCCCCCCCCGCGCGCGCGGAGCCGCGAACCUUGGGGCCGGGGGAGGGGGGCGUUGCGAGCGCGGCGGGGGGGGCGUGGGGGAGACACGGGAGGGGACCCUGGGGCCUGGGCCUGAAAAAGCCUACCUGCCCUCCCCCCCACCCCACUUUGUCUAUUUACGCGAAUAAAUACAGAGGAGGGGGGAGGGGAAGCUUUAUUUAUAGACAGGACAAUAGGGAGCCAGGCAAGGCCCCUCAGAAGCAAGGUUCAAGUCUCUUGCUUUCUUCCUUAAAAAAAAAAAAAAGAAGAAGAAGGAAGAAAGAAAAAGACAGAAAGAGAAAUAGGAGGAGGCCGCACUCCUCAUUUUCAGCUUUGGCGAAGAUGGAUCCACGUUUCAUCUUUAAUCACGCCAGGCCCAGGCCCAUCUGUCUUGUUUACUCUGCCGAGGAGAGGACGGGCCUCGGUGGCGACCAUUACCUCGACACCCGGCUAACAAAUGAGGCCCGGCUUGGCCGCCGCCGCCGCCUCUGCUGCUGCCGCUGCUGGAAGACAGUCUGGAUUUUCUUUCUUUGUCCCCCCCUUCCUGAAACCCAGCGAAAGCAUCCUGACUGCCAGAUAGCGCAGUGUUUUGGCCACGGUAACAAACACAUGCACACAACCUCCCUCCUCCUUCGCGCCCGUUCACGGGACGCUGGCCGCUCACCCCCUCCACCUCGGGGCUGGGGUAGUGAGGGCCGGAGGGGGACAAGUGGAGGCGGGGGUGCGUGGGCUAGCGGGAGCAGGGCAGGGAAAUUGAGAAAAAGAGGACCCGGGGACCAGGAAGGCCUUCUUCUGGAAGGUCAUGCCAUGCCUGGCGGGGUGAGGGGCCAGUUGCGUUCUGGGAGCUGGGCACAACCCUCUCUCCAAUCUGGAGUUGUAGAGUGGAGACCUUUUCUCCUAGACUGAAAGUGAAUGUGAAACUAGGAAAUAAAAUGCCCCUCCCAUCUGGGAGAUAAGGUUACAGAGACCUCUCCCAUUGUUGCAUUAUUAUUAUUAAUUAUUAUUAAUUAUUAUUAUUAUUUUGUGUUAUGUGCGUCCUCUCUCCUAGUCUCUUUUGACAUUCCAAACCAGACCCCUUCCUAGUUCUGGGGCUGCCUGAGUCUAGAACCCUUCAUUGGCGUGACAAUGUGUGUCCUGUACAGAGUGACAAUAGAAAUAAAUGUUUGGUUUCUUGUGACCAGCA